AUGCCACCAGAGGAAGCAUUUAACGCAAUUGAGGGGGAUUGCGGUGUUCAGACCGCGUACUACAAGGUUGAUAUCUCGUCAGAAGAGGAUCUGCAGGAGGGCUUCGCCAGGUUCCAGAAGGACUUCGACAAUGCGCUCGACAUUUGCGUGCCAUGCGCUGGGAUUAAUCGCCAUCUACCCUUCCUCGAAUUUACAUACAAGGACCACCAGGAUUUACUCUCGAUCAACGUGCUGGGACUUUAUUUCACGGCACAGCUUGCUGCUAAACAGAUGAUCGCAAAUGGGACAAAGCAUGGUAGUAUCGUUUUGGUGGCUAGCAUGGCCAGCCAUAUCGCAGUGCGCAGCCAGUUGUGCUCUGCAUACUGCGGAACUAAGGGUGCAGUCCGAUCUAUGUGUCCUGCCAUUGCGAAGGAAUUGGCUGAUUAUGGCAUUCGAGUCAAUUCCAUCUCACCAGGAUAUGUGAAAACAGAAAUGACAGCAUCGUUCCCCCACCUUCUCGAGGGCUGGAAAUCAGAGGCAAUGAACGGUCGCAUUGCCGAGCCCGAGGACAUUAUGGGGGCAUGUGUAUUCCUAGCCAGCGACGCAAGUUUGUACAUGACGGGGUCGGACAUCGUGGUGGACGGUGGGGUGACACGAUGGUGA